AAAUCGCGCAGCGCGUUCGUGAGGGAGUUGCUUUUGCCUCUUUUUUCCCCAAUUAAUCUGCAAAGUAAUUAACCUUAAGGCAACUUUUCCCUCACAGCUCCCCCCCCUCCUUAUAUCGAGUGCGCGAUGUCGUCCGUUCUGGAUCAGCUGAAGACCUACACGGUGGUGGUGGCCGACACGGGCGACUUCAACGCCAUCGAUGAAUACAAGCCCCAGGAUGCGACCACCAACCCUUCGCUGCUGCUCGCAGCGGCGCAGAUGCCCGCGUACGAACACCUGCUGCAGGACGCGCAGGAGUACGGAUUCAGUCACGGCAGCUCUCCCGCUGAGCAGGUGACGAGCGCCAUCGACAAGCUGUUCGUCAACUUUGGCGUCGAAAUCCUGAAGAAGAUCCCCGGCAGGGUGUCCACCGAGGUGGAUGCCAGGUUGUCGUUCGACAGAGACGGGAUGGUGGCGAAGGCCCUCAAAUUCAUCGAGCUCUACAAGGAGGCGGGGGUGGACAAGGAGCGUGUGCUCAUCAAGCUGUCCUCCACGUGGGAGGGCAUCCAGGCCGGCCGCGUCCUGGAGCAGCAGCACGGCGUGCACUGCAACAUGACGCUGCUCUUCUCGUUUGCGCAAGCGGUGGCGUGCGCCGAGGCCGGGGUCACGCUCAUCUCGCCCUUCGUGGGGCGCAUCCUCGACUGGCACGUCGCCAACUCGGCGCAGAAGUCCUACGCCCCCGACGAAGACCCCGGCGUGAAGAGCGUCCGCAGCAUCUACAACUACUACAAGAAGUUCGGCUACAAGACGAUCGUGAUGGGCGCGUCGUUCCGCAACACGGGCGAGAUCCGCGCGCUCGCCGGCUGCGACUACCUCACCAUCGCCCCCAAGCUGCUGGCGGAGCUUCACGCCGACUCGCAGACGCUCGCGCCCCAGCUCUCCGCCAAAGAGGCCGAGUCCAUGGAGCAGACGAAGGUGAGCCUGGACGAGAAGGCCUUCCGCUGGCAACACAACGAGGACCAGAUGGCGGUCGAGAAGCUCUCGGAUGGCAUCCGCAAGUUUGCCGUCGAUUCCGCAAAGCUGGAGGCUGUGCUGAAGAAACGCAUGUUUGGAGCAACGGUUUGAAGGACGACUGCCAAACGUUGGAACAUCAUGGGGACCCGCUCGAGAAAUGAAACGAUUGAAAAACUUAGAUUUUUGAAAAAGCCUGUUCGGACUUUCAUUCCCCCCCGUGGCUUCUCUGACCAAAUGUUGCUUUCUUUUCGUUUUUUUUGGCACUUCCCAAGAAAUCGCUUUGCUGCGUGCGUGCGUUCUGCUGGAACCAGAUCCGUGCUCCGAUGCAUUCCUACGUUGUGAAAAGUUGUCCCUUGAAAAGAAACCCAAACCUUCUUUACGCCUCUUCAGUUCAAGGUAUUCGUCCAGAUUUCGUAUCUCAAACUGCCCCAGCCGCGUGGUUGAACGAAUUGACACUGGUCGAUUGAUUCGGUGGGUUUAGCGUGGCUGGUGUGGACCCCUCUGCUACAUUCCCCUCACAACCGCCCCACCCCCCCCGCUCUUCCUCGCCCCCCCCCCACCACCCCGGCGUCUGUGCCCCCCUCCAAAAACAAGUCUCGUAGAAUAGCGGCGAAGAAAAUCGAUUUUUACAUUUCAAGUUGCUCGACGCGCUCGCCCAACGGUUGAAAACGAAACGCCGCCUUUUGGAACGAAAUAAAAAGUUACCCGAUUUCAAAUUG